AAGGUCCCAGCAGAGUGCCAGAGUCAAGAUCUCUGACACACCCAGGAGUGUCCCAGUUUCCCUCUGCUGUGCUCAGUGGAACAUCACCUCGACCAUGAAGGCGGCUGGUGUUUUCCUGCUCCUCUCCCUGGCACUCUUCUUCUACCAAGGAAUCGCCGAGAUGGAUGAAGCUGCCUUCAGAGGAAUGGAGCCAUCUUGUGAGAACUUCGACCUGGGAAGAGGGUGUACAAGGGAGUUUGACCCCAUCUGUGGCACAGAUAACAACCUGUACAGCAACGAGUGCCUGCUGUGCCUUCACAACCGGCACAGGAAUGGCCACGUGCUCAUCAGGAACAGAGGAAUGUGCAAAACUCCUCGCAACAACGUCGCUUAAACUGAGAUGAGAGAUCAGAGCACAAAGCUGUGCCCUCACCCGCUCAAACCCCAAUAAAAUGGAAGCAUCACCA